GCGGCGGCCAAAGGAUGCCAACGUAGUCAUCAUAGAGAAGGUUACUAUAGCAUCGCCGGAAUAACUAUCGUUUUUUAUCGCUUUAAUAAUGAGUUGGGGGGACGUAUCCUACGCUGCCUUCUGUAGUUAAGAUUUCAAGAAGGGGAGUUGGAAGUUACCCAGAAUUCCACAGGAGGACAUUCCUGACCCCCACGACCAUGGCUCCGCACCCCGUAGUGCAGGCUGUGAUCGACCUCUCUGCUGGAGCCAUAGGAGGCACGGCCUGCGUGUUCAGUGGUCAGCCCCUGGACACCGCCAAGGUGAAAAUGCAGACCUUUCCCUCACUGUACAGGGGUUUCGUGGACUGCUUCCUGACUACAUACAGGCAGGCGGGUCUGCGGGGUCUGUACCAGGGCACCACGCCGGCACUGAUGGCCAACAUUGCUGAAAACUCUGUGCUGUUCAUGAGCUACGGCUUCUGUCAGGAGGUGGUGCGCAUGGUGUAUGGGGUAUCUGGCGGAGCUGCACUCAGUGACAUGCAGAAGGCGUGUGCAGGGUCAGUGGCAUCCAUCUUCUCUUCCCUGGUGCUGUGCCCCACAGAGUUGGUCAAGUGCCGUCUACAGGCCAUGCAUGAAAUGGAGUCAUCAGGCAAGAUCACUACUGGGCAGAAGAAUACACUGUGGUCAGUGAUGCGUUCGGUGAUGCGGAAUGAGGGAGUACUGGGUUUCUUCCAGGGUCUCACCACCACCAUUGCCCGGGAGGUGCCUGGGUACUUCUGCUUCUUCGGGGGCUAUGAGCUGAGCCGCUCCGCCUUUGCAGAGUACAUGAGCAAGAGCAAGGAUGACAUAGGUGUGGUCCCAAUUAUGUUCAGCGGAGGGUUUGGGGGUGCAUGCCUCUGGCUGGUGGUGUACCCCAUGGACUGUGUCAAGUCCCGGAUCCAGGUUCUCUCCAUGGCGGGACAGCAGGCAGGCUUCUUCAGGACCUUCAUGCGCAUCUUGCAAACGGAAGGUGUGAAAGUGCUGUACUCAGGCCUUACCCCCACCAUGAUCCGGACCUUCCCGGCCAAUGGCGCUCUGUUCCUGGCCUACGAGGCCAGUCGCAAGAUGAUGAUGCAACAGUUUGAGGACAGCUGAUCUCUCUCUUCCUCCUUCUUCCCUACUGGCCCAGGACAUACUUUCAGAACAACUCAUUUUAACUAAUUUAUUUAUCAUCCUUUUGUAUUUUUCAUUUCUUUCAUUUCUUUGUGGAUGUUUGUUAAUGGAUUUAGGAGUCUGGGACCAUCUACUCCUCUCAGUUAAAAUGAAACGGAUGAUUUCAUUACAACUGAUGUGCCUUGCUUCAUGCAAGGUUUGUAGUAAUAUUGUGUUUUCUGUAUGGACAGAAUUACAGGUACAAUAUUUUUAUUCUCGGAUUACCCUAAACUUUACAGAUUGCCACAACCAUUUCUCAAAUUGAAGUAGUUGAGGUUUGUAAAUAUUGCUGUGGUGAAAUCUGAGUUUCACCCUUCCACAAAGCUAAACAUGAGCUCAUUCUGCUCCAUUUCAAUAUGCAGUAGUUUUGUGAAGAGGCUGACUAAUAUUUUUUUAACUUUUUUUUAAAUUACUUGUUUAGUUUUGUAAAACACUUUGCUCAAAGCAAUUGUGCAGUUGAUUGAAUAUUCAGAAUUAUGGAGUGCCACAUUGAUAUUCUUAUUGCUCUUAUUGCUAACAUUUGCCCUAUCGAAUUUUCUCAUUGUCACCAUUUUCUUAAAUUCAACAUCAACCUAUUUUUGAGUUGUGUGGCUAUUUCUGUUGGAAUAAUAUAUAUUAAAUGUGAGUAUUGGGUAACACUUUAUUUUGAGUGUCCAGUGUUGAGCUUGAUAUAAACUGGAUAUUAGUUCAGUGUUAAUGUAAAGUAACAACUCAUUCUGAGAUCCUGUUGAUAGUUAACAUACACUCCAAAAUGUUUAGCAACCUUCAUAAAUAUGGAAGUAAUAUGCUGUAAACUAAAAUAAGACUGGUAUUGACAUAAACUUUAUUUUCCAA